AUGGACCCAGCAAAGAUCGCCUCGUGCCCGCCUUCAAGGGGCAACCCGCCUCGGGAUCCGCUCCUCGAAACCGACGCACACACGGAAGUUGUCUUUGUCCCGGCCGCCGGAAGAACUGUCUUUGUCCCGGCGGCCGGGACAAAGACAACUAACCCGGCCCAAAUCACUGGCUCCAUGCGGCGCUACCCUUGCUUACCGCGGACAAUGGCCCCGAGACCUUCUGAUAAAUUUAUUCUCUCCCAAGCCUUGACCAAUCUGGAACUGCGUGUUUCGUGCCGCAGGAACGAAAUCAACCUUAAUUAUGGGAUAGACCAGCAAUCGGAGCUAUACAAGCUUCAUCAAUCUACGCAGGACUUGAAGAUUUUGCGCUCCAUGCGUCCAGAUUUGGACGAGCUUAACUUCUUAAGGAGGGAGAAUGUUAUAUUGAGGUACCAGGUUGACUUGUGGCAAUACUUGGUUUCCGUCUGGGCCACCAGAGCUACGGCUGUUUCAGAUGUAAUGGCCGUGUGCGGGUUCAGCCAGGACACUCCAUGCCGGGCGAUUCUCGAUGCCUUGCCUCUGGAAGCACCACCUGGAUUGAGUCUUAGAGAUGUCGCUCUGGGUCUGCCAGCGUCGUACGCACUCGGCAUGUUCAGCUGGGAAGAUCCUAACCGGGAAAACUCCUUCGCCAUCACCAACGUCCUGGUGGCAAGCACCACGUAUGGCUUGGCAGCCUUUCUCAUAUGGACGGUUUGCGACUCCAAACAGCGGCAGGAGAGGAAGAACGCCGGGCGGGUGAAAUCCCCUGGCAAGCUCUUCCAGCAAGAGGAGACGUGGCACGGCCGCACGGACAAGGAAGGGUGA